AGAUUCAGCUCACUUGUCACGAGCUGAAUAGUUGUAAAGUAUUCAGCACGUCAGGAAAAAUGGCAUUCACUGCGUUGCAGCGCUCCGCGACCCCUGCUUGCACCAGCGGGCGGGCAACGCUCACGCCCGUUCCGCGCACAGCUUUUGGUCGCGGUUCCGCCUAUGCUACCCGUAGCAUCUGUGGCGUGUCUAGUCGUCGCAUCAAGUGCGAUGUUAUUGCGGCAGGCAACACUUACCUCCUCAGCAACGGAAUGAUUGAUUACUACGAGGUUCUUGGCGUGGAUGACGAUGCUCCGUAUGACGAGAUCAAGAAGGCUUACCGCGCGCUCGCGAAGUCUUGCCAUCCCGACUAUCUCGGAGAGAAGGGACACGAGAUUUGCAUCAUGCUGAACGAGGCGUACCAGAUCCUGGGGGACGCGGACGCCCGGGCCAACUACAACAACAAGCUGGAGCAGGCGCUGCUGGAUGAGGAUGACAACUACACGGGCCUGCCGCUGUCUAAGUGGAUGCCGACGGUGAAGCCGAACAUGGCUAAGAACGAGGAUCCGGCGGAGCGGCGUGGCGUGUUUGUGGACGAGUUUACUUGCAUCGGCUGCAAGCAGUGCGUGUGGUGCGCCUCCGCGACCUUCCGCAUCGAACCGGAGCACGGCCGCUCGCGCGUGUACGCACAGUGGCUAGACGACGAGGAGAAGAUCCAGACCGCCAUCGAGUCGUGCCCGGUCAGCUGCAUUCACUGGGUGGACAAGGCGGACCUUCCCGCGCUGGAGUACGUGAUGCAGUGCAAGAUGACGGAGCGCGUGAACGUGGGCGUUAUGAUGGCGGGCCAGGGCGCGCAGAUGGACGUGUUCGCCUCCACGGCCUCCUUCCUCAAGGAGCGCAAGCGCAAGGAGGAGGCGCGCGCCCGCGCCAACAAGUACUACAGCCCGCAGCAGGAGGCGGCGCGGCGCAAGGCGGCCGAGGAGCUGGCGAGGCAGCACCUGGGCUUCUUCGCGCAGUUCACCAGCGCUUUCGAGACCGCGUUCGCGGGCGUCGGCAACUCGGUCUCCACCGGCAACGAGACGGAGGAGCUGCGGCAGGUGGGCCGCCGCAAGCGCGCCGCCGGCAAGCGUUGGGACUGGCUGGAACAGCAACGCGCGCGUGGCGGCUGGAUGGUGCCGCCGGAGCGCGCGCUGGUGCCCAUCUCCGUGUACGCUGAGUCGCUGCGCAACUGAGUCUUUAGCGCGGCGCUUCGGUGCGGUGGCAGACUGUUCUAUGGAGCGGGCUGCUGUACUGGACUGGGCUUGGCGAGGGCAGUUAGCCCAGUAGUCGUGUGCAGUGGCUGGCCUGGGGUUGCAGGCCGCAGCAGGCAUGCGCACCGUGCGACGACGAAUGAUCUGCAUCGGUCUGCCAUGCGUGUAUUUAAACUGGGAUUGCUGCAUUCAUGUCUUCCUCGCGUUGCGGCCGUAUGAGGUGCGCGUUUUGCGACUCAUUGCGCCUAAGCAUUCCCCAGCGGAUACAGGUGGGUCGUUCGAAGCUUGCUGCCUUGUUGUGCGAGAGUGCUCGAGUGCAUUCGCGUGCCAUUGCCAGAGGAGGGGUAGCUAGCUUACCGGUUGUCGCGCCAAAGUAUGCAGACAUCUCUAUUGCUCUCCGAGCCUGAAACAGUAACAGGGGCGGCGGGAGUCGUAGCGCUGGUGUUGUGUGAUCCCCCCGGCGCGGCUGCAGCCGCAGCGCGUGUUGCAGAGGCGUGCGUGUCAGAAUUUGACACAGUUGUCCCGGACGUGGGAGCAAAGUGUGAUGGCUGCCCUUGCGUGGGCAUUAGCCCGGCGAUUGGUUCCCACGGCUUUGCGAACAAGGAUCUUUAUAAGAGAAGAAAACAAGGUGCUACAUUGUUUUUGUGCGCGUCGCGGUUUGUGCGUGUAGAUGUGUCGUAAGGAUAGGAGCGAAUUGAGCGUAUUUCGUUUCAUGUUGCCAGUGCGAAAACUGAGUGCGGGUGCAAAAAUGGCAACAUAAUUAACCCUAUAUGCAUUGGUUGCUAUCGUGCGCGGCGGCGGUUGCGGGGCACGUGCCGCUGGCACUCCCGCGCACUGUUAGGCACCGGUGUCGGAUUAUAUGCAUGCGUCGAAGGCGUAGGCCACGUCUGAGUGGCUGAGUGUGUGCGCGUCAGUGCGUGUGUAUAAUAUUUGAUAAGUGCGUGCAGGACAAGCGGGAGCCAAUGGUUGCAAGAAAGGACAACGAAAUGGACAUGCGCAGGAGAAGCAGAGUCACACUUAGAGGCGGUUGUGAAGCACGCUGUGAUAGUUGCCGUGGCGUGCAUAACAGUUUUACGACAAGGACUUUCUUUUGUCCUGGGAUGGAUGCAAGGAGCGCCGCCACAAAAGACGGAACAGAGAGUGGCUUCCAGGCGAUUUGCUCAUCAAUGUGUGUGCUGCAACGUGGUGUGUGUGUUCGUGCACGUGUGCGAUAUGAAAUAACCAGCCUCUCGAGGGGAUAUGGGGCGCCAGCGUCGGCGGGAAACAACAUGAUCUCGCACAGUGGCCAUACCCCUGAUAACGAUGUGCAAAACACUGACACUGUAACAAGUUCAAGCA